CGCAGAUCCUCGACAGCUGCAACUAAUUCAUCUUCAACCAUCCUCUCUCUCUCUCUUGCAAAUGAUCUGCCAACAGGAUCGCUUAUCUUUAUGAUGCGUCUACCAACAUAGAUGGUUCUAUUAUCUUUGACCCGGCUCUAUGUCCCCAAACUAUGAUCCAGAUAGCUUCCAUGAGAAUCCUACGUGGGCAACGGUUUUGCUUAGUGAGAGAGAUGUUGCUGAUCAGGUCCCGAUUAAUUUCGUUACCGUACCUGGGGUGUCUGUGACGACCGCUUGUUUUGGCAAUCGAAUAUUUGCGGAAGACUCCGCUACAAACUGCGUGUCUAAUUUACUCGCUACUGGAUAUCGUCGAUUCCUAGUUGAUCUCUACUGGUCUUCGGAACGGCGACAAUGGACCUUUUGCCCUGUAGCUAUUCCUUCGCGUGACACCAGUCGCACUGGUCCUUCCGGCGCCAGAAAAAGCACUUCCAACGCAAGCUCAUCUGGGCCAUCUGUCCAUCAGCAAGAUGCUUCUUUAUGUACAGACAGUCUCGAAUUAUCUAACUUUUUCGACAUCUUCGGUGACUACUUUCAGCAGAGCACCUCUGAUUUAGAUGUCCACAUGACUUACGUCAUUUUCAAUCUUCAUGUAGCAGCAAAUGCAUCUUCUCCUGACCAGCCGGCUUCGGUAGUUUCUGGAACACAAUCACCGACAUCUUCAGAAUCUCUUGGCUCCUUGAUAUCUGAUGCACUUGGCACCUACAUUUACACUCGCUCUGACCUUGCGGAAGAUCGGGGUAAUUUGGACAAGUCUUGGUUUAAAGUGCCGGAUAAGUAUAGACCUAUCACAGAGUACUUCACAAUUCAUAAAGAUGAUUAUGGCAACCACAUCACCCCCGACGGUUGGCCAUGUUCCAAGUACGUUCAAUAUGCGAGUCAACGACGUCUGCUAGUUGGAUACGGAUCUAUAGAUCCUCAACUGCAGGAUUACGAUCCGACCAGCGAUGACGUGCUGUUCUCCCCAGGCUAUCUAACUUCCAACAUACAAGUCUCUACCACGGAUAGCGGAUUACAGUCUGGAUGUUUGUAUCAACCCGGUGCUUCUGAAGUUUCCGAGGUUAACUCUUCAUGGGCCGAAUAUAGACCCAUACCCUACUCAGGCAGUUCAGAUAUCUCCCAGACGUUAGAGUUAUUGUCGCAUCUGGUUCGCAAUUCAACUGCAUGUGGACUGUCCCCAACUUUCAAUAAUACAUUACUCAACACAACAGCAGAUAACGCCUUGGAUUGGUACGGUAACAUAUCUCGUGCCGCCACAUGGAGUUGGGCUGUGGGAGAACCUAGAGGUGCAAACGUAUCUGGCAAGAAUUCGGAAUCAGAAACCCACCGCUGUGCACUCAUGGACAUGUCGUUGACAGGCCAUUGGCGUGCGGCGAACUGCGAUGAGAAGCGCUUAGUUGCAUGCCGGAUUGACGAUAUGCCUUUCGCUUGGACGUUAUCUGACAAGCAGGUCUCUUUCUCUGAUGCUUCAGAUUCGUGCCCUGACAACAGCUCAUUCUCAAUCCCGCGAACUGGUCUGGAGAACAUGUAUCUGUACCAUCAUUUACUUUCACGCUCAACGGACACUAUAGAUCCAUCCUCUGAUAAUGCGACGAAGCGCGAAGUAUGGCUGAACUAUAACUGUCGAGAUGUUCUCUCUUGCUGGAUAACCGAGGGCCUGGAUGCUUCCUGUCCGUACAAUGUCGAUCCUAAGGAACUCGAACGGAAAACCGUCGUGGUAGCCGCCGUGGCUAGUAUCAUUAUCUGUAUCAUCACGGCCUUAACCCUUUUCGUCAAAUGCAAUGCCAACCGGAGAAAUUCGCGAAAACGGAAGAAAGUGAUCAGGGGUUGGGACUACGAGGGAGUUCCGUCUUGAUCAGAUAUCUACUCUUUUUGGCCCACUUUUUGGUUAUUGAAUUCGUACUGGAAAUCUGGAUAAUUUAGAUGAUAGAAUAUAUGUUCCAAGUCUUCUAAUGUAAUCAAUUAACGGACCAUUUGAUUAUCGUGAUGAACAGGUCUCCCGUACAGGGCAAAUAGCUCGAAUUCCAUUGUCACAUACCCGUAAAUGCAUUCCAUUCAUCCAACUCAUUAGUCUACUGACUACCUAAGUACUUUGUUGAACAACUCAAGCGGUUGAACGGAGAAUAACACGCAAGAUAACAACAAAAGCAAAAGAGAAAAUGCCCACUAUAUCCAUACACAUCACCAACUGGUGAGGACCUAAGAAGCAUGAAAGAAAUCGGAAACGGAGCUCAAAUAUAAAAAAAAAAAUGUCAAGAGGCCAUUCAUCCAAUCAUUUAAUCCAUCCCACAUCGUCAAAAACUCCUUUCCUUAAAUAUUAUUUUUUUCCUUCUUUUUUAAGUUUUUAUUCGAAUUUUUUUGUUUGUUCUUUUUUUCAAAAAUCAUUUUCAUAACCCAGCAAAGCGUGCCCAUCCAGCAGCUCGAAUGGAUGCGGGCUGUCCAUUACUGUUGUUAAAAGCCGGUUUAGAGCCACUUCUGCCUUCUUCGGCUAUUUUCCCACUGACAUCACGUCUUCUUCCCACUCCAAGGCCAGCAAUGUAGCUUCCAUACGGCGUCGAUGAUGACCCGAUGUCGGCACCGGAGUUGCUCACGACGCGGCCCUUGCGGUCACCUUCAAUCGUGGAAGGAUUGGCUGGUGCUAGGCUUGCCAGAUGCUCUUUUGGCGAGUCUAUUUCUUCGUUUGCCUACUUCGAGGGCACGGGGCUCUUC